AUGAUUAAUGCUGAAUCGGGUAGUCAUCCAAUUACUUUACAUCGUGCACUGAAAACAGAGGAGCAAGAUGAUUACAAGACUGCGACCAUCAGCGCUCUUCGGCGUAAAUUCGAGAUCUCUACUCAAAGAAGGCCAUCGUAUAGUUCGAGAUAUGAAAGAGUGAGCACUAACUAA